UAUACUGCUCGGCCUUCCCUCAAAAUCGUAGCACAAAUUCUCAAAAUUCACUUCCAAAUUCGAUUUUUUUUUGGUAAAUUCUUUUGGACAAAAUGGCUGGCAAAAAUUCCUUCCUGUACAUGUUCGAGUUCGUGGUCGAUGAUCUGCUGAUCACGCGGCAGAAUCUGUGCGCACCCGAGGAGUAUCCCACCUGCACGGAGAUCUCGUUCCGGUCUUCGGUGUUCCUCUCAGUCUGCGAUCGAGAGUACGGGUCCUGCGUGAACCCGUGCGGCCCGAAGUGCGGCAAGUGCUGCCUCUUCACGCUGGAGUCGCCCGUCACCGAGAAGGAUCGCAUUCAGGUGCACGUCUACAAGAAGCGCACGGAGAGCUGUAAGUUCCUCAUUGGUCUGUCCGAUUUGGCGGCUAAGCCGAUCUUCGAUCGCGUGAACGAGUCCUUCGAUGCGGAGAACCCAAAUUGGAGCAAGGCCCUGCAGCUGCAUCUCCAGAAGAUGCCAAAACUGCGCUCCCCCAACAAGGAGGCGCCGCAGGACGACUGCUACUGCUACGAGCCGCAUUCCGGGCGCCGGGAGCAGUGGUGCCCCACAUCGGAGCUCUCCAAGCGCCUGCUGCCGCUCUUCAAUCUCUGCAACAUGCAGACUGGCAACAUUGUCCUGAUCAUGCGGCUCGUUUGCAACGGCCCGGCGAUUGUCUCCUCCUUUCCGUUCGCAAGGGUCUGCUCGCGGAAUCCCAAGUGCCCGCAGCCCUGUGGCAGUGAAGCCGAUCCCUGCGCUCCUUGCGGCUCCUGUCCGCCGGGCAGCGCCACCGGCGGACCCAUGGACAAGAAGAAAGGCGGCUGCCGCGCUGGCGGGUGUCCACCGUGCCCCAAGCCCUGCCAGAUGCCCGAUCCGUGUGCACGAGACGAGAAUGAUCGUCCCAAGUGCCUGCGGUACUACUCCUGCAACUUGGACAAGGAGUGCCCCUGCGAUUACUGCGAGGAUGAGUUUGACAGGCAAUGCCCCACUGUCACCUGCAAGGGUCGCGCCCCAUCCGUCAUUGAGCAGCGACUGCAGACCUGCGGCCCUUGCGGCGGUAUUCCCGCCUAUCCACGGUAUGUGCAGGAGCAAAAGAAGGCCGAGGCCGAGGCACUGGCCAAGGGCAAGGACCUGCAAGCCGAAAAGGAAAAACAAGAGGCAAAGGAUGCCAAGGGCAAAGGCAAAAAGGGCAAGAAGCGGCAAUCGGGCGGCGCUUUCUUCUGCGAUAACAAUGGCCCUGGACCCUCCACCAUCUAUGACACUUGGGGCACUGGCGGCCAAUCACUUGCAUUGGGACUUGACCAGCGGAAGUCGCAUAAUUCCAGUCCCUGCGAAGCUUGCUGUCCACAGUACGAGGCAUGUUGCGAUGCGGCGCGUAAACGAGCGCUAAGGAAAUUGCGCCAUUUGCUGGUCAAGUACAACAUCCAAAUUGAGUAAAUCUUUCGGGAUCUCCUCCCGUAAAUCCAAAUUGAAACUCGUGCAGUAGACACAACCGAAACUACCUAAACUG